GAGCUCGCUGGUCCCAGAAGGCGCCGGGUCUCCCAAGAUGGCGGCCGACGUGUCCGUUACUCACCGGCCGCCGCUCAGCCCGGAGGCGGAGGCCGAAGCGGAGACUCCCGAGACCGCCGAUCGCCGGGCGCCUGAACAAGAGCUGCCGCCGCUCGAUCCGGAAGAGAUCCGGAAACGCCUGGAACAUACUGAGCGCCAGUUCCGUAACCGCCGCAAGAUACUGAUCCGAGGCCUCCCGGGGGACGUGACCAACCAGGAAGUACAUGAUCUCCUGAGCGACUACGAACUCAAGUACUGUUUCGUGGACAAAUACAAAGGGACAGCUUUUGUGACCCUGCUGAAUGGGGAGCAGGCUGAAGCUGCCAUCAACGCCUUCCACCAGAGCCACCUUCGAGAGCGCGAGCUGUCAGUUCAGUUGCAGCCUACCGAUGCUCUGUUGUGUGUGGCCAACCUGCCACCCAGCCUGACACAGGCACAGUUUGAGGAGCUGGUGCGGCCAUUUGGCAGCCUGGAGCGCUGCUUCCUAGUGUACAGUGAGCGAACAGGCCACUCUAAGGGCUAUGGCUUUGCAGAGUACAUGAAGAAAGACUCGGCUGCCAGGGCCAAGUCUGAUUUGCUGGGGAAGCCGCUGGGCCCACGCACACUGUACGUGCACUGGACAGAUGCUGGGCAGCUGACCCCUGCCUUGUUGCACUCCCGGUGUCUCUGUGUGGACCACCUGCCACCCGGCUUCAGCGAUGUGGAUGCCUUGCGCCGGGCACUGUCAGCCGUCUACACCCCCACCUUCUGUCAGCUGGCAUGUGGCCAGGAUGGGCAGCUGAAGGGCUUCGCGGUGCUGGAGUACGAGACAGCGGAGAUGGCAGAGGCUGCGCAGCAGCGGGCAGAUGGCCUGGCCCUGGGUGGCAGUCACCUCCGCGUGUCCUUCUGUGCUCCAGGUCCCCCUGGCCGGAGCAUGCUGGCCGCACUCAUUGCUGCCCAGGCCACGGCUCUCAACAGAGGCAAGGGACUCCUGCCUGAGCCAAACAUCCUGCAGCUGUUGAACAACCUGGGCCCAUCCGCCUCCCUCCAGCUGCUCCUCAACCCUCUGCUGCACGGAGGCGCCAGUGGCAAGCAGGGCCUCCUGGGUGCGCCUCCUGCCAUGCCUCUGCUCAGUGGGCCUGCCCUCUCCACUGCACUGCUGCAGUUAGCCCUGCAGAGCCAGAGCCAAAAGAAGCCUGGGAUCCUGGGAGAUUCACCUCUGGGUACCCUCCAGGCCGGCGCCCAGCCUGCCAACUCCCUCCUUGGGGAGCUGUCUGCAGGGGGGGGCCUGGCCCCGGAACUGCCGCCCCGCCGAGGGAAGCCACAACCCUUAUUACCACCACUGCUGGGCCCUUCUGGGGGUGACCGGGAGCCCAUGGGUCUGGGUCCCCCAGCAUCCCAGCUCACUCCACCCCCAGCCCCUGUGGGGCUCCGAGGCUCCAGUCUUAGAGGCCUCCCGAAGGACAGUGGGCCCCUGCCAACGCCCCCUGGGGUCUCACUGUUGGGGGAGCCUCCGAAGGACUACCGCAUCCCCCUGAACCCCUACCUGAACCUACACAGCCUGCUUCCAUCCAGCAACCUGGCAGGCAAGGAGACCCGGGGCUGGGGAGGAGGCUCUGGGAGAGGCCGCCGCCCGGCGGAGCCCCCUUUGCCCAGUCCUGCAGUUCCUGGGGGAAGCAGUGGUGGCAGCAGUGGCAGCAAAGCCUUCCAGAUGAAGUCCCGCCUGCUCAGCCCCAUUGCCAGCAACCGCCUGCCCCCUGAGCCAGGGCUGCCUGACAGCUAUGGCUUUGAUUACCCCUCGGAUGUGGGACCUCGACGGCUCUUCUCCCACCCUCGGGAGCCAGCCCUAGGGCCUCAUGGACCCAGCCGACACAAGAUGUCCCCCCCACCUAGCAACUUCAGUGAGCCUCGGAGUGGUGGAGGCAGUGGGGGACCCCUCUCUCAUUUUUAUUCCGGUUCACCCACCUCCUACUUCACCAGUGGCCUACAGGCUGGCCUCAAGCAGAGCCACCUCAACAAGGCCGUUGGUUCCUCCCCGAUGGGCUCCAGUGAAGGGCUCCUAGGCCUUGGCCCUGGGCCCAAUGGUCACAGCCACCUGCUAAAGACCCCACUGGGCGGCCAGAAACGCAGUUUUUCCCACCUGCUGCCCUCGCCUGAGCCCAGCCCAGAGGGCAGCUACGUGGGCCAGCACUCCCAGGGCCUCGGCGGCCACUACGCGGACUCCUACCUGAAGCGGAAGAGGAUUUUCUGAGGGGUCAGCGCCAGAGAUGCUCCAAGGGCCUGCACCAAAUUGCUUUUGGGUUUUUUCUGGUAUUUGUGUUUUGUGGGAUUUUAUUUUUAUUUUUUAUGUCCUUUCUUUGGGUAAUAGAGAAAUCUCUGAAAAAGACUUUGCUGACCAACCAGCCGGAGCUCAAGGAAUGUGGGGGUGUCUGAGGGCCACACCAUUACCUGCAGGCCCUGCUCCUGGAGCCAAAAUCCUGCAGCCUUAAGAGAGAGGGGCCCGGCCUGCUCUCUUUCCCUCCCCAACUCCUGGCCUCCUGUGCCCAGUUCUCCAGGCCUCCUCGCCUGCCUCGUCACUCCUGUCUGUGUCUGGCCUUUCGAGUGCCUUUGGAGGUGUCCCUGACCUGUGAGGAUCAGGGACAGUCCCCUUUUUUAAACUUAGACAAUGACUUUGAUUUCCUUUUCUAAUUUUUAUUUUUUAAAACAACCAGGAUGAUGACCACAUUCAACCCACCCACCUCCACCUCAGAAAAGCCCCAACUUUGAUUCCUUCAGGCUCUGGCCUACCUGGGCCUCCAUUCCACACUCUUGGUUUCCAACAGCUUCACCCUGUUCUCUUUUCCCAGUCAUCUGCUGCAGGUAUAGCAGUCUCGUGCCCUGCCUGCCUACUCUGGCCAGGACCCCAGUGUCUCCAGAGCCCUGCCAUAGUCUUCUUGCCUUCUGAUGCCUUAAAGUUGGGUCACGGGUCCUACUAGGUCAGAGCUUCUCAGAUGCCGGGCUCCGGAAGCUCGACUCAGGACCAAAGAGCUCUGACCUAGGGAUCAUCCUUUCUCCAGGGUGUCUGCCCUGUGGACAGAAGGCCAAAGCCUUGGUCUUGGCAAACCACCCCUUAGCCCAAAGCCUGGGCACAGAAACCAGUGUUUUCUGCUGGCUUCAACAGUCCCUGUUACUGUCCGUGAAAGUUGAUCAACCAUUGUACCCAGGUCACUGGGCCUCUCCCAUGUCCCUCCAAACCCAGAUCACCACCACCAUCCCCAGGCCGGAUCACUGGAGCUGGCCUCCUCUGCCCACACAGACAAGCUCUACAGCCUGCCCGGGUGAGGGGACCCAGGGACUCUUGUCCCUGGCCAGCUGAGCCACCAGCCUCCCUCCCCAAACCUGAUGGCCCAGACCCACUCCAGGGGGGUAUCCCCUCGCCCCUCCCUUCCUCCCACACAGACCUUUGCUGAAUUAAAGUUUGUAAGUAAACGGUUUUAAAAAACAAAA